UGCGCCACAUGCGCGAGGCGUGCGGGAGGGCGGCCGUGUCGGAGCGCUGGCAGCGCGUGCAGCAGCAGCAGGUGGAGCACAUGCUGUCGGGCGACAGUGCCGCCGACCUCCGUCUCAGCCAGCUGCUGUUCGUCGACCUGGUGGCGACUGGACACGAGCGUGCGCCCGUCAUGCUGUGUGUGACGCCCUCUGACAUGCUGCUCAUGGAGUGCGACCUGCGCUGGCUCGUGCCCGGGAACGGCCAGGUCAAGAUACCGAUGCGCGACCGGGAGAAGGUGGCCAACAUCGUCGGCGUGGAGCUGCUGGGCGGCGCCGACGCCGGCCGGCCGUCACUGCGCCUGCUGUUCCGCGACGCCGGCUCGGCGGCUGAGGCCGUGUGGUCUUCCGUUGCCAGUGACAUCCGCGAGUGUUGUCAGGCCGCCCUGCGUGGCGGCUCGGGGGACGAAAGAUGGCUGAAGACAAACCUGGCAGCGCUUUACACCGGGCACUAG